AUGAAGAUACGAAAGAAAGAGGAUCGCAGGAGGGACGGAAGGUGUGUGCUCCAAAUAUCGCAAAGGACGUCCAGAGUCCUCAAGGAUGUGCCAAAGUAUGGAAAAAUAAAUUCACUUGAGGUAGAUGAGGUACUUUUCUACCUAUUGGAUGGUCUUGUGGACCAAGAUGAAGGUAUUACGUCUGCGAUCACGAAUUCGCUUCUCAAGUUUGCCCAGACACAGCCGGAGUUCACACUCAAGUCGAUUCUAUCCUUUCUGGAAGUACGAAGGACAUCGAUAUCACAUCAAUAUUCACUCUUGUUGGUCAUGAGAAAGUGCAUUUUGCAAUGCAAAUCUGUUUUAUCCAAUGCCGCCAUUAAGGAGAUUCUCCUCUUUAUGCUAAAGGAGCUCAACUUUAUCAGUACAUCCGAUACAAGGCAUAUGGAAAUGAGGGAAAUAGUAAACGCUACAAGUGUUUUAUGUCCAGGAUUUUCAGUUGACGUAAUUUUGGCAUUCAUACAAGACAUGCGUUCAAAUGAAAGGAGCGCCGAUAUAAUGUGUAUAUACAUCCAGAUUUUGACACAUUUAUGUGCACUCGUACCCAAAAACACGUACAUAUGCAAGAGUCUAGUAUCCAGCUGCAUCAUGUCAAUGUUUUCUGAGGAUAUAUUUAGAGAAAACAACAGUGAGUUAUGCAAAGAUUUGUCUACGUUUCUCUAUGCACUUUCGAAUAUGCUCGCAAUUCAGUACAAGGUUAAUAUUGCGGAGGAAAGUCCAGAAACCCUUAGCUUAUGCGAUGGGAUAAAUGUAGAGGAUUGCGCAUAUAGAAGAUUCCUAUGCUACCAAAAUGUUUUCAGGGCUUUUGAACUGGGAAGGAAUCCUGGCUUGGAAAAUACCAUGGAUGAUAAAAGUUUUAUGGAUGAGACUGUACAUUAUACAAGAGAUUGUGAAAUUAAGAGAAGUUUGAGUUGUGGAUUUAGCCCAGAUAUUAAAGUGAUAAGAAAAGACCCAGAUAUUCAAACUUUUGAAUAUUCUAUAAAUAGGGAAUACGCUUCAUUCAUGUCCAUAAAUUCUGAUAUAGACGAAGAAGUCGAGGACCCUUUGUAUAUUAUGGAAAGAUAUGUUUCAAUAGAAUCUCCGGAGCCAAUUGGUACUGUUGAACCAAUAUUCCCUCUAAUGAUGGAAAAAUAUCUUCCAACAAUUUACACUAAUGCCUCAUACAAUGUGACAUGCAUGGAAGUGUUUUACUCUUUGGUUAUCUUCUCACAGCACAUUACAGAUGUCACAUUUUCCAAAUAUGCCGCCUCUCUUUUGGACUCAAUGAUUGUGAGAUUUCAUAAUUAUUUGCCUAAUCUGCAAUACAGGCAUGUUUCUGUUCCAGAUUAUGCAAACACAUGGAUCAAACUUUACAAAUCAGCAUCUGCAACAUUCGGUAGCAAAAUUAUUACUCUAUUUUCCUCCAUUGGAUAUUCUAUGGACAGAUAUGUAAUUCUGCCUCCAACCUAUUUUGUCAGGAGUCUGAGGCUAUAUGUUCAAAUUUUGGAAAAGAGGAGCCCUUAUACACUUUGUGUGCAACUCUUUAAUAUUUGUGGUGUUCUUUUUGGUCUUUUGCAUGGUCUAUUCGAGUAUGGAAGUGAGUAUUUUGAAGCUGGUAAUGACCACCAACCCACAAUUGACACAUUUUUGAGUGUAAACAAAUCAUUUUUGAAUACAAACGAUAGAAAAGAAUGUAAAACAUUCAUAUACAACAUAAGGGAAACGUAUGGACUCUUGUUUUCAAAUAACUUGACCUCUUUGGUUCUUUUGGAAUUUUUAUUUCAAAAACUUAAAAGUGAUGUGGUCUCAGAGGUCACCGUUUCCCUCUAUAUAUUAUUCAUUCUUUACUCUUCCUUUUUGGAUGAGAGUGAGUUGGAUGGGAAUUGUUCCAAAAUAUGGCAUCUGAUAAAUGAAUUAGAUGAGCUAGUCAAACGCUUCAAGGGUGAUCCAUUCUCUUCAAGACUAAUACUAUUGUUGUUGAGUUACCUAUCCAGGGGAAAAUGGUUCACGUUUCACAGUAUUAGUAUUCACAAUGUAGCUAAUCGAAAUGCUCGUAUUAUGGGCAUUCACGGAAUUGGUAAGUUGAGGAAUAGCUUUCGUAUUGGAAUCUCCAAGCAAGUUAUAAAUCUUCUUAACUUUGUAUUUAACCUAAAAGUAAAUUAUGAUAUUGAAAAGAGGAUAAAUCAGUCAAAGGUUGCAGACAUUGGAUUUCUUAGGGCAGUUUAUGAAGGGGUUCCAAAAAUUGUUGACAAACAGCUACAUGUUGCUAUAGACACAUGCUUUGAUUCGUUUAUCCCUAGAUACUCUGCGGAAGUAUUAUUGGUCUACCUUGUAAAAAUGUUGGUAAAGAAUAAAAAGAGAAAUGUACUGACUAUAUUUAGGUCGCUAUUGGGAAUAUUGAACCAAAAUGAUCCUCGCAGAAUAUUGUUAGUUUUAUCUGUUGAUCUUCUCAUGAAAUUGAUGACUUAUGCUCUCAUAUAUAUGCAUGAUCCCGUUUGCUAUCUUGAGGAAGCAGUUGUCGCUUCAAAUAUUGUGAAUUUAAUUGCCCAUAUUAUCUUCGACAGGGGACGUCGUUAUAUGAGUAUAACUUCAAAUAGCAGCAUCCCAUUUUAUCCCUAUGGUAGCAUGUCACCAUGUGGUCCAUUAAGCAAUGUGGGAUCACCAUGCAGUGAUGAUAUGAAUGAUUAUAAUGUAGAUUUAAAUACCGGUGACAUAACGGAAAACUUUGGCAGAAUAUCAAAAUUUUUGUCCAAAAUUUUGGAUGAAAAUAAGAUAUCUAGUGCACAAUAUGUAAAAGUAAUUAUAAAGACUCUUGGUUCCAUAAUUGCAACCAUAAAGAGAAGAACGUCAAUACAGUCUAGCUAUAACACAUUCUACAAGAGUGAUCAAUCUCCAUCACCACUUCAUACAGCCUACCAUAUGAUGGGAAUUCUGAAUAUUUUGAGUGUAUGCGCACGUACAAGCAUUAGGAUGACUUCAGAUUUGAUAAAUCUACUCAUUGGACUACCUAAACAGAAUGUAUUGCAUGUUUUGGAGUAUUCCCUGCAUUUUUAUGAGAAUUAUGAAGUAUAUAGAUUACUUCCAGAUGUUUACGAGUGGAGUAAUUUGCUAAACGUUAGCGAGGAAAUUAUUUUCACAAUGAAUACCCUGAGGAAAAAUACGAAAAUUACGCUAUUACAAGGAGUAACUAUAGAUGAAAAGAUAGAUAAUUCCCAAGCACUGCAACAACAACUACAAACUCUUAGAGGAUUUUGUAUAAGCGUUCUUGGUGCGAGUGCUAGGAAUAGAAAGCACGUACUUUUGAAAGUAUAUUAUGUGUUGUUAAUGAACAUACCAAAGGGAACUUCAUCAUUCACUCUCUUUGGGAAGUCCACAACAAUUUUGCUCUCUGAAAAAAUCCGAUGUAUCUGUAUUUCAGCCUUGUCUCAUUUGUACAUUCAAGGUCUUUGUCCUAACAUUCCUGUGCAAAAUCACGAUCAAGACUUGUGUACACGGGAUAUUAUGAACGAAAUGGGAAACGAAUUAAAGGGAUACAUUGAUGCUAUGAACGCAUAUGAUUUGGCAAAAUUGUCCCUUUUGUACAAGGAGGUAUUUUUAAAACACUUUGGAAUAUCUGAAAAUUCACAAGCCGGGAAAGAUGUAUUAUCUGAUAACAUGAACUUGGAGUGCAUCAUAGUACCUCUUAUAUCCCUUUUAAAUACAGAAUGCGAGUCUCACAUUAAACUACUCGUACUUAGAGGGGUUUUAAAUAUACUUUCACAAGAGCAUUUAAGUCUAACACGGGAUUUUUCUCUCAAAUACCUUAUUUCUUGCACAAAUGGGCUCUUGUAUUUUCUUUCAAAUCCUAGCAUAAAGGAGUAUACAAUGAAAGCUGAAUAUGAUGUUUCAAAUAUAGAAGGAUAUUAUAUGACAAUUUUUAAUAACAAGGGGUCCACAGAUGAUGCCUUUUUGGAUCACAAGUUUAUUCAUAAUGGAGAGUCUGUAAAUGAAGUAUCAUUCCUAUCCUUUAUUAUACUUUGUGCUCUCUCUAGACAUUACUAUGGUAUUUCGGAGACAUUACACCCAUUUUCCACCUUAUAUUGUCUGUUAUCUUAUGGUGAUUGUUACUUGUCAAGUAGAUUAAAGCAUCUUUCCCUUGAAGACUAUGCCUCUAUUGACAUAUCAAAUCUUCUGGUGUAUUAUAUGACAAAUGUAAUAUAUUCAACAGAUGAUACAUCUAGUGUGUUGGAUGCUCCUUACCCGGAUCUGGAAGACUGUGGAAUGACUAUGCAAGACAAUUGGACAAGGUUAUCAAAAAUUUUGAUUGUUACACUUUUUGUACCACCAAAUAUGGAUGAAAAUCAUGUAAAGCAUCGAAUACUUGUGACAUUAUCUCUUUUGCAGUGUAUAAGGUAUCAACCCAGAGUUUUAGAUGAAAUGGAUCAAGAGGAAAGGGAUGGAUGGACAAAGGUUGUUUUACUUAUAUGGGCGCAUAUUCUACGCAUUAGUUCGGAUAAUUUACUCAAGCUGCAACUUAUGAGAUCUUUGGAAAGUAUAUUGAACAUUGAAAGUUUGGAGUACAUAAGAUUAGAUAGUUCCAGGCUCCAUGCCCUAGAAAAUUGUGACAAGGUAAACGGUAUUGGAAAAAUUGAUCAAUUGCUUCCAGGAAGUUGUUUGAUACCAUGCAUGCUUUCUUGCAUAAAUUUCCUUGAGUCAUGGUCCUUAUUAUCGGAUUCGUUUGCAAAGAUUAUACACAAGAUUCUUCAACAUAGAUAUGAUGAAAUUGAUUCUAAACAUCUUGAGUCCGUCUUAAUUACAAUAUUCAAGAGAUUCUCUUAUUUCUUUCAAUCUGAAAAUGUGCCCACAUUUUUACGUCUCUUUCUAAUUGACUUGGCAAAGGCUGAUUUUAAUAUACUAUGUAAUGCUCUAUUUUCAAAACAGCAACCCUGUACAAAACAGUUUCAAAUUUCCAUCAUUAGGAUAGUUUCAAGUGAUCUUUAUCUCUUGGAAUCAGUACUUGAGUUUUUGACUUCCAUACUUUUACCAUCCUCUGAUAGUGUGAAUAACUGUCCAAUUGAUUUUGUAAUGGAGUUUACACUUGAGGUGUUGCUUGGUAGUUAUUCACAAUUUAUAACUACAAAGCAUGGUGCAUCAUUCAUUUCUGCACUUGUGAUUUAUCUAAAUUCUCUUGAACAGCCAUUUAAGGAUGCACUUGCAAUACUCGAUCGCAUUUUAGUCGUGUUACGUUCUAAAGGGACACCGCGGGAAUUCAUUCAGGAAGAGAAACAACUGAAUGAACAACAAAAGGAAUGGGUACUAGUUGAUGACAUUGGCAAAAAAAUCGUUGCAAAAUCCAGAAGGAUAAUUGGGCACAGUGUGGCAUUAAAGGUUGCAUUUUUGGAGAGUAUGCUCUUUAUCAUCAAGGAUAGUAGUCAAAAUGCAAAUUUUAUCGCAAUGUUGACGAUUUUUUCGGAACUAAUGAGACAUGGGCACCUGGUUAACCAAGAUGAUUAUGUAAAUAGCAUAUUUGAGCAAGUUCCAAUUGUAGAUUUAGUGGAAGAUUUGUAUUUCAAAAGUAUACACUAUUAUCUCAAAUAUGAAAAGAGGGUACCUGUUCAUAGAGGCAAAGGGAAAGAUUUUGAAAAGAUAGUUUCCACGUUAUCUGGAGCCCUGAGCAAAUUGGACACAAGUUAUUAUAUUUGUAGAGCACUUUGCAGUUUUGUUCUUCUUAGCUUACGCAAGAGGGUACGAGUGUCAGAAAUAGUCUACAAGGUUAUUGUAUCCAAACCAACACCGUCGGAGGAACGCACGAGGUAUGCAUACAUCCAAUUACACAUUGCUAUAAUAAAAUGGUACAAUGUACACAAAAGGGUAGUGCCCUUGUACAUACAGAGGCACAUGAUACAUCCAUUGGCAGUUGCACUGGCAUCAAAGGGCUCUGAAAGGGUUAUUCUGGCUUCUAGGACAUAUCUCUACAUGGUUCAUUCUAUCAUGGCAAAUUUUGUAUCAAUUAGUGAUGAAGGUUCUCUACAACCUUGUAAAGAAGAUGGUCUGGAUGAUGAGCCAGAGAUUGAUGGAAGAUGUACAAAUAACAUAUCGUUGAGGGGAGUCAUGGAAAAAGGUUCAGAGUCGCUUCACGCGGACAACUGGAAUGCUUUCUUAGAGUCUCUAAUUGUAAAGGGGGUAUACACUGGAAAGUCGGAUGGUAAAGUCUGUUUUUGCGGUUGCAACUCGCCUCUUUUAAAACACACUGGAAAAUAUAGAGUCUGUCUCGGCAUUGCGUUUUACCUCUUGCUCUUUUUUUCUUCGACAUUACCAUGCAAAAAUAUAGAGCUGGAAACACCGCAGGAUAUAGAGAAUGAAUUUAAAAUGAUAAAAAAGAAUGAAUUAGAUCAUAGAUCAAGUGUUGUUUUGUUUGGUGAUUCCUUUGCGAAUUCUACUCGCAUGGAAUGGCCAAUUAUCGAUGCAAAUGACAGCUCAGAUUUUUACAACAUUGAUGAAAUUUGCUCUCUAAGACUAGAGAGUAGUAGCGAAAAAUGCCAACCUUUAAAAAAAUGUCCAAGGGAUUUAUUAAAAAUCUUGCAGAUCGCAGAUUAUACUGUAAAUGUAGACGGAUCGCUGUCUAGGAUAAACAUUCCAUUCAAAAAUGAUAAAAUGGAUAUUACAAAUAUACUAAUAGCAAAUAAUGCAGCAUUUUUUGAUAUUUCUAACUUAAAGCCGAUUUUGAAGUCAGUUUUGUUCACAUCACCCACAAUAUACCGGUUCUGUCUUUCUCGCAAAUAUCUCCUCAGUCCAUCUGCAUUCGUCUGCAAAAAUUUACCCGCAUAUGAUGCAUUUUCUGGCGAAUGUAUCGAGCUUUGUACAUCAAUUAUAAGCAUUUGUUCCUUGUAUAUUAACAAGGAGAUUGAAGAUUUGAAAUGCGAAAUGAAGAACAACUGGCCAAACUGCUUCUUGGAAAUUUUAAGAUUCAAUGCAAUUAUGCAUUUUGAGGCUCUUUCUACCGCUGUAACCAAGAAGUUGUGUAACAUACUGGAGGGAGAUGACUUGGGUGACAAGAGAAGCGUCUUUAAGGCUAUGGAACUUUUCGCACAUAUAAAGUGCCAAGAUACAUAA